AAAUAAAUGUAAAUGCUAACUAUUAAUAUUUUUUUUAAAUUUUCAUUUAAUUGACGGAUUAUGGUCGUCUGGGACUGCAGGCAACAGCAUGUUUUAGCGGAAUCUGAGUUUCUGUCUUUAGUCCAGAAGUCAGACUAUGUCUCUUACAGUCAAGAUGUAGGCAAUGGCCGAUGACAAAUAUUUGUUAAGGCCAAAGCUGACUACUCAAAAUUUAUCUAGGAAUCUUAUUCAGCGACCAGAACCUCGUCUAAAAAAAUGCUUGUCUGAUAAACCUAUUUCAAGUGGAAAUAAAGAACAGAAGCCUAAUCGGUAUCCCAUAAAAUUACUGAAGCCUACCGGUAAAGAAAAUAUGGAACCAGAUACAUCCAUAGUGAAGUCAGCUGUACCGAAAAGCAACAGAAAGCCGUUAGAGUGCUGCAUCAUCUCAGACAACCCCAGAGAAGAGGUCUCUUUCACUGAUGGAAUCAACCCAUUUGAUUCCAAUAACAAUGAGGGACAGCGUGCAUCUUCUUGGGAUAGCAAACUAUCUAGUGACAAUCUUAGUUUGGCCACUACUCCUCCUCCCAGUCCAACUUGGAAUCUCAAAAUGUUGUGCACAGCAGUCAGUCCGGAAAUCAGGAGACUCCAGCUAGAAAAGGAAAAUGGUUUUGAUGAGAGCAGAUCAUCAACAUCGGCUAGCUCGUUAAACAAUGUGACAUCAGUUUUAAGUCCGUCGGAAGAAAAUAGCCAUGAAUGCUUUGAUUUUGGCUCAUCGCAGGACAGUAGUUUUAGCUUUGAAAUGGAAGUACAGACCUCUAGGAAAGAUAAAUCUCUCGGAAAGCUUUGUGAUAAGUUUUUGCAGAAAUACCCUGAGCAUCCAGGUAUUUUGAAAAUAGAUAUAUGCCUAGAUGAGGUGGCUAAAGAACUAGCUGUAGAACGUCGUAGAAUCUAUGACAUAGUCAAUGUUUUGGAGAGUGUAGAGAUUGUGAGUAGAGCUGCCAAAAAUAAAUAUACCUGGCACGGAAAGACAAAUCUGCCCCAUACACUAGUCAAGUUAAAGGUUUUAGCCCAGGAAGACAAGAUAGCUGAACAGCUGACAAAAAUCAAAGAGCAAGAGAUGGCUAAAGAGUUGGAAGACUGCUCAGUGGAAUCAAAUAGGCUUACAAUAUUGGCUACCAAUCAAACCACCAAGAAGGCAGAGGGAAAAACAUAUGAAAUUAUACCAACAGUAUUGCGAAGAAAGGACAAGUCAUUGGGUAUCAUGAGUCAGAAGUUUCUUAUGUUGUUUCUUGUCUCCAAGCCUAAAACUGUUAAUCUUGAACUCUCUGCUAAAAUAUUGAUAGGCGAUAGUGCAAUGGAUAACAUUGAAGCCUCAAAAUUUAAGACUAAGAUUAGACGAUUAUACGAUAUAGCUAAUAUAUUAACGAGCCUGAAGCUCAUAAAAAAAAUACACGUGACAGAAAUUAGAGGACGCAAGCCUGCUUUCCAGUACAUAGGGCCUGAUGUUGACGAUGUACACGAGUUUGAAGUUUGUUGUAAUGAUGGUUGUCAUCGGCCCAGCUCACGCCACUCACUCUUAGACUGUGUUCGGAAUGAAAAUGUGCAAUCUCUCAUGCAUGGUUUUCGCCCAAUAAAACCGGCCACUGUGAUGUCCUCAUUAGAUGUAAGAAAUGAUUUAAAAUUGAAGAUUACACAACAACCAGGGAGUGACACUCAGACAGGUAUGACCCGCCAUUCUUCCUUUGACGAAUUUUGCAAAGUUGUGGAAAGGGAGCGCAACUUGCUCAUUGGUUCUACGUCGGAGCCUACUAGUCCUGUUAAAAAGCUAGACUUUGAAGGAAUCCAGGAAAAUGGACCUCACAAGUUUGCAAUGCCUGUAACCAUUACCAAACACCUUAGUUUUGAUGAUGAAGUGCUGAAGCACCAACAUUCGCAAAGGGCAGUGCACAGCAUCCCUGCCAAAAUCAUUCAUAAGCCACAAGCUUUACCAGCUCAACCCAAAAAUAACCUUUUGUGUGCGCCCACCCCAGGCACGAAGCCAACAGAGACAAUUAUACUGUCAAAAAGUGGUGAGAUCAAGACUGUUAAUACUCAUGGAGUUCCUCAGCAGAUACCGCUGUCAAGGUCACAGUUUGAGCAGGUUUUGCAGUCAUUAAAGCUAGCCAAACCUCACGCUCAGAGGCAGAUAAGUUUCAACAAACCUCCUGAAGAUGAAAUCCCUCGACAAACUUUCUUGGGUAAAUGCCUCCUGCAGUCUCCAGAAUAUGAUAUGGCCUCCCUCAAUGAGACCAGCCCGAUGCAUGGCACGACCUUUCUCAACCGCACACUAAAGCGCAACAUGGUGGAAAUUAAUUUGCCUGACAAUGCAAAACGCUUGAAGCUUGAUUCUACUGAAGGGCUUGUGCCUGCUGAUAAGGUUUCUGACUUGCAUGCUUCUCAUGAUGUCAAAAUUGGUCUGAGACGACUUAAUAGCAUGCCAACAAAUCAGUCCAGCUCUGCCUUAGCCUCCAACAGACACAUGUCGCAAAUCAUUGUACACUGUGUCAAUAGGCCUCAGGCUGCACAAAGGAUUACUCUCCAUAUGUCCAACGACCAGAAAGGCCCUUCAUUUGUGAGCACUGGAACCUCCACUGAUCCCACUGCUGACACAAGCAUGGAUAGUCUGAUACUAACCCCAGGCACCUCUUUCACCACCCCUGCCAGAACUAUCACAAGUACCCCCAAAAAGACCCCCAUUCCUAUCAGAAUAAUUGCAAAUCCGAACCUCUCUGCUGGAUCUCCAAUGAGCUUGCUGAAGAACCCGCUGAAUCAGUCAUCUUUGGAAGAGUCUUCUUUCACCCUACCCUUGACACCCAUCAGCCAUCUCCAGCCAGGUCUUCCAGCCACCUCCACCCCACAUGGAGAAAAAACUGCCAUAGUCCUGCCGAAUGGUAAUUUGAGAAAAGUGCUGACAACUAUGCCACCUUCACAUAGCUGUGCAAGCUCUCCAUUUAAAGUUGUCAUCCCAGCUCCCAAGCAGCCCGGAACAUUUCUACUUAAAGUUCCAGCUAACAAGUUAAGUAAAACUGCUUCCAUGUAACCUUUAAAUUUUUUUAAAUUUAAGAAAUAUGUUCAAUUGUAACAUAAUUUUUUUUUUUAUUAUUAUUAUUAUAUGUAAACAAAAACUUGGGGAAACUAAGAAUUGUACGAAUUUUUUUUUUUUUUUAUAAUUAUCUAACACUAAAUGUUUUUUGAUUUCCAUAGACAGCAGUAAAACAAAUGUCUUGAUUUGAUUUGAUUUUUUUUAAUUUUAUUUUGAUUUUGAAAAUUAGUGAAAUGUAAAGGGCAAAAACUUUAUAGUAGAAUCUAGAUAUUGAAGUAAAACAAAAUGAACUGUGCCAUAUCUGUCCUGCCAAGUUGUUAUAAAGUUGUUACUUAACAUUUCUGCUUAUCACUUGUGUUUCGCUAGGCUUGAACUAAAAUUCUCUUCUAAAUAAAAGGACAUUUUAUUGCUUACAAGUGUUGACCCUUAUUUUAGAGGUCAUCUUUGCAGUAAUAGAGGGGACAAACUAGGAGGCUGUUUCUUUAGGGCACAAGAAGUUUCUCUGUAAUUUUGAUUUGAAAAAGUUUUGGUUGUGCUUUAUCAUUGGCGUUAUUUUUUAAACAAAAACUAUUUUCCCUGUCAGUUUUUGUGAGCACUUUUAUUCUCAUUAUCUCAUCUCAUACAGUUUUUGUUUUAUAUAGGAGAAAAAGUUGCAUUUAAUGUCUCUUGUUUCAGGCCAUGUGUUUCUUCUGUUUCCUUAUUGUAAGAAUUGUAAAGAAUGUAAAUAGGUUUUGUUGGUUGUCCCCCAUUAUAUAUGCACUUAAGAAACAAUUGUCUGCUCUGGUUUUUUUUUUUAUAUCUGUGUAUGAAUAAGUUAGCCUUAUUUUAUUUGCUGUAAUUCAAUGUGCCAUGCUUAUGUGUUGUCUUCUCCAAUAGCUGGUGUACUUUUUAUUUUGCAGAUCUAUAUCAAAUGUGAAAAAUGAAAACUGCAUUGUGAUUGGUCCUUUUUUUUUUUUAUAUAGAGAAAAAAAUUACCCAAUUUGCUUGUGCACUGGCUUUAAAUCCCCUUCUUUCUCAAUUAUUUUAAUUUGUUAGAAUUUCCUAAAAAUCACAUUUUGUGAUAUCUUUUUUUUUUUUUUUUUAUGCGUAUGACUUGUGCUUUUGUUUUACAAAGAUUUUUAUUUAAAAAAAUAGAAAUUACUCGGAAAAUUGAAUUGUACCAUAUGCUGUUUCCUCCUUUAAUAUUUUGUUCCAUUUUUUAUAGUAAUCAUCUGAUCUGUUCCAUUAAACAAAACAUUUAUCUCUAUAAUUGAAAAAAAAUAUAUACAUAUAUAUUUAUAUUUAUAUCCAGUAUCAUGUUGUCCACUUCUCUGUGGACUUUGUUGAAUUUCUUUUAUUGCCUAAAUUUUGUUUUAUUCUUAAUAACUGAAGCUGGGUUUCGUUAUUUGUUUGUUUUCUUUUCCCCUAGAAGAAACUAAACAUAACAGCUGAAAUGUAAUGUAAAGUUGAGUGUAUGAUUAAUUUAUUUCAACUAAAUUAUUAAAUUAUUUAUGUUUCGUUAAAUAUAUAUAUAUAUAUAUUUAUUUUAGUUGUUUCCACUGAGGUGUGCUUCUUCAAGGAUUAUGCUCCUGUCUUCGAGGGACAAUUAUUUAUAUAUUGUUUUAUAAUUAUCUGAUGUUAAUUUUUUGUAUUGCACUGAAUGAAAGUGUUCUAGGUGUUUAAAAGCAUGUAAUCGUUUUUGUGCAGUUUUAUUGUACAUAUAUUGUCCUCACUUUCUAGUUAUCUAGAAGCUUGGCAGUUUCCUAAACAGAUUUUAUGUAUCCGUGUGUAUAGAUAACUGUACCACCAAUGUGCAUGUUCCAUCUGGUUGAUUUGGCCUGGAGAAAAGUUUUUAGAUUUUUUUUGAUUUUUUUAAAAUCAUGACAUGCGAAAUUAAAUUUGCUAACACUUUUUGACAUUUCUUUGGAAGUCAAGCGUUAGAGAGUGUUCAUUGAUAUAUUUAUCUUGAAAUAAAAUCAAGUACAGUUCUAAAGAUUAUAGUAUUUUUAAUAUAGUUCAUUAUUAUUGUUAUUUUAAUAUCAGACUUUUAUGGCAUCAGAUCACAAGGUCUCACUCUGUACAAGUUUUCUGCAUAAUUAUUUUAAUUCAUAGACUAUAUACCAUUUUUUGUUUGAAUGUAUGUAAACUAGUAUAAAAGUUUAAACUAGCUGUGUGUCAUUGGCAGUUGUGUAACUAGUCUACACAACAGAUCUGUUUGUUAUGAUAUAUACUUGUUACAAAAAAUGAUGUUACAACCAUUACAUCCAUUUUAAAUAGAAUCAAUUUAAAAACACUUUUUUGAUUAAACUUUGACAAGACACUAAUGUCCAUAUGGCUUGAAAACCAUCAAAUGAAACACUAGCUGUUUUUUUUUUAUAUAUGUUCUAGGGUAUGUUUUAAAAAAAAAAGUAAGUUGGAUACUUAAAGAUAAACAUUUGCAUUGGUGUAGACCUGAUCAUAGUAUAUACAUUGGUGACCAUCAUCAUUAGAUGUUUUCAUUUUAUUCAUUAUACUUAAACCACAAACAAUGCUAACAUUUAUCCAUUAUUGACCCACACCAGCAUAGCAUCACUCUUAACAUUUUCAUCACUCAUUUUAACGAACUUGUGUCUUUGAACUAUUUUUAAAAGUAUUUUUAUAAAUAUCCUUUGCGAAUAUGUUAUCAAAGAGUUGAAACCUGAUUCCCAACAUACAACUGUGUUAAUUGUAUUUUGAUAAGUAUUGACUUGUGUUUUUGAGAUACUAAUGAUUUGUUGAACUGCAUGAAAAGACAUUAUUGGUGGUGAUCAAAAAAUAAUGGCAGGGUUUUAUGUUGUAAUAACACUUGCUCAGAGAACGUUUGUAUGAUUGAAAUUGCAAGUAAUUAUUAGCCUAGUAAUGAGUAACUGUAUUUAUUACUUUUAACAGCUGUAGUGAUGGGUGAUAUUAGGCAGGGCUGCCCAAGUUUCUUACCUAUCAGAUGUUUGUACUUAGGACACAAAUGUUUAUUUUAGUUUUUUUUUUUUUUUCACUUGCUAUUGUCUAUACAUCACUUUGUUUAUAUCAUUGGCUUGACCUGUUAGUUCACCCAUUCAUCUCAUGUUUAGCCUAGAAAUGACCUGCAUCAGGCUAUUGCUCUAUAGGACUGGGGGUCUACCAACUGUGCAUUUGAAUCAUCUUUGUUAUUACAUCCUUUUGAAUUUGUAUUUCCUAUACUACAUGUGAUACAAGUAUUAGGUUGUCUCUUGUGUUGACUUGUCACUAGGUGUGUUAAAGAAUUUCAACUUGGUGUGUUGUGUGUAGAUACAAAGUGCGUUUGUGUGUGUGUGCCUCUUACUGGGCAGUUAGGUCAUUCAGCUCCAGAAGACCUUUCGUCUUUCAUGUUAAGUUGCAAUAGUAUUAAAGUGUUUAAUUGUAGUCUUGACUGUAUUCCUGUGUGUUGGCUGUCGUGACAUCUAGAUGUGUUACUGUGUUGUACAGUAUUGUGUGGGAUGGCUGUGUGAUAACUGAAACUCAACUUCUCCUUCAUUGAGUUGUUUCUUGAAUAAAAUUUUAUUGUAAUAAUUUCA